CUCCCAUCAGUUUCUCUGAAGAAGACUUCCGGUUGUGUGUCAUGGCGGUGGCAUGGUGAAUCCUACAGAAAGGAAAAAAUACUCACCCCUGCUGUCCUUUCCCAUCGAUUCAGGACAAAUUUCCAUGCAUUACUAAGCCUAUCAGCUCCGUCCUCAUACCUUGGAUUUACCAGCACAGCGUUGCAGUGUCCCUCCGCCCGGCCAUGGCGGCUCACAAACCAGUGGAAUGGGUCCAGGCCGUGAUUACUAGAUUUGAUGAGCAGCUCCCAAUUAAAGUUGGACACCAGAACACCCACACCAAAAUCAGCACAGAGCACAACAAGGAAUGUCUGAUAAACAUCUCCAAGUACAAGUUCUCUCUCGUCAUCAGUGGCCUCACCAACAUCCUCAAAAAUGUCAACAACAUGCGGAUAUUUGGAGAGGCCUCUGAGAAGAACCUCUACCUCUCCCAGCUCAUCAUCUUGGACACACUGGAGAAGUGCCUGGCUGGGCAAUCUAAGGACUGCUUGCGUCUGGAUGAGACCAUGCUGGUCAAACAGCUUCUGCCAGAGAUCUGCCAUUUCAUCCACACAUACCGUGAGGGCCACCAGCACGCCGCUGAGCUCCGGGCCUCAGCCUCAGCUGUCCUCUUCUCUCUUAGCUGCAACAACUUCAAUGCUGUCUUCAGCCGUAUUUCCACCAGACUACAGGAGCUGACCGUGUGCUCAGAGGACAAUGUGGAUGUUCAUGACAUAGAGCUGAUGCAGUACAUCAAUGUGGACUGCUCCAAGCUGAAGAGACUGCUACAAGAAACUGUACUGAAGUUUAGAGCGCUUAAGAAGCCUGCCCAGCUCGCAGUCAUAAACAGUUUAGAGAAGGCGUUUUGGAACUGGGUGGAGAAUUACCCAGAUGAGUUCACCAUGCUGUACCAGCGACCACAGGCAGAUAUGGCAGAAGCUGCAGAGAAGUUGUUUGACCUGGUGGACAGCUUUGCAGAGAGUGCCAAGAGGAAAGCAGCAGUGUGGCCACUUCAGAUCAUCCUACUCAUCCUCUGUCCAGAGAUCACACACACAAUCUCUAAAGAUACAGUGGAUGACAGCAAGGCCAACAAGAAACUUUUUUUGGACAGUUUACGGAAAGCUUUAGCGGGGCAGGGUAGCAGCAAGCAGCUGACAGAGAGUGCUGCCAUCGCCUGUGUCAAGCUUUGUAAAGCCUCCACCUACAUCAACUGGGAAGAUCACUCCACCAUUUUCCUCCUGGUCCAGUCCAUCGUCAUGGAUCUUAAGGCUCUGCUGUUCAACCCAGCCAAACCCUUCUGGAGGGGGACAGGCAGUCAGAAUGCUGAUGUGGAGCUCAUGAUGGACUGCUUUGUCUCCUGUUUCCGUAUCAAUCCUCACAACAACCAGCACUUUAAGGUCUGUUUGGCCUCCUCUUCACCCUCCACCUUUCACUUUGUCCUGGUCAACUCGUUGCACAGAAUAAUUACCAAUUCCCAUCUGGACUGGUGGCCUAAGAUCGAUGCAGUGUACUGCUACUCUGGGGAGCUUCGCUUUAUGUUCUCAGACACCCUCAACCGGGUGAUCCAAGGCGCUGGCACCCACGCUCCACUACGUAUGACACCAAGUCUGACAUUCAUAGGAAAGAAGACCACCAGCCUUAAGUUCAAAGAGAAAACCACAGACCAGGACACUCGAAGUUACAAGUGCCUCCUUCUCGCUCUGGUCAAGCUCAUCCAUGCAGACCCCAAACUCAUGUUGCAUAAUCCAGUGAAACAAGCUCCAGAGAUGCAGAGCAGCACAGCAGAGCUCAUCACCGGCCUGGUGCAGCUAGUGCCUCUAAACAACACUACCCAGCUCUCACAAGAAGCCAUGGAGGCUCUGUUAGUUCUGCACCAGCCAGAGACCAUAGAGCUGUGGAAUCCUGAUGCCCCCAUAGAGACGUUCUGGGACAUCAGUUCACAGGUGCUCUUCAUAAUCUGCCGCAAACUGAUUGGCCAGCAAAUGGUUAAUGGGACAGAAGUUCUAAAAUGGCUGCGAGAGAUUCUCAUCUGCAGGAACAAGUUUCUGCUCAAGAACAAGGUGCAGUCCUGUCUCCUAACUGAAACAACAAGCCACUUUAUUAGUUUUAAAAAAAAUCAAGUCGAAGGCAGAGGUAAUGACAGCCAAACCAACGACAUGGCAGCAAAUGAUGAGUGUGCCACUGUGGGUGGCGCCAUCCCCAUCUGCCGGCAGGCACAGACAAAGCUGGAGGUGUGUCUCUACAUGUUCCUGUGGAGUCCAGAUACCGAGGCGGUGCUGGUGGCCAUGUCCUGUUUCCGCCACCUCUGUGAGGAGGCUGACAUCCGCAGCGCAACUGAUGAGGUGCCCGUUCAGACAAUCCUGCCCAACUACGCCACCUUUAGUGAGCUGGCCUCUGUCAGCAACAUGAUGGGAACAGGCCGCUCCACCUUGCAGAAGAGGGUGAUGGCCUUGUUAAGGAGGAUAGAGCACCCUACACCAGGAAACAUUGAGGCUUGGGAGGAUACAUAUGCUAAAUGGGACCAGACCACCAAACAGAUUCUCAAUUUCCCUAAAAACAAGGCAGAUGAUGGGCAGCAGGAGUGGAUCAACAUGACGGGCUUCUUGUGUGCUCUGGGCGGUGUGUGCCUUCAGCAGCGCAGUACCCCCGGCCCAGCCACCUACAGUCCACCUAUGGGCCCAAUGAGUGAGCGCAAACACUCCAUGAUCUCCAUGGGACCAUGCGAGGUGUCCAAUCCCGUGGCCUCGUCCUGCUCUUCGUCAGCCUCCAAUGAGACGCCUGUCAGUCGCUUUCUUGACCGGUUGCUGUCCUUGCUGGUAUGUGGCCAUGACAGGGUUGGCCUCCAUGUUCGCACCAACGUUAAAGACCUGCUGGGGCUGGAGCUUAGCCCCGUCCUCUACCCCAUGCUCUUCAACAAGCUAAGGAACAGCAUCGGCAAGUUUUUUGACACUCAGGGACCGGUUCCCAUCAACGAGACUAACACCCAGUUUGUGGAGCAGACAAUAGCCAUCAUGAAGAACCUGUUGGAUAACCACACAGAGGGCAGCUCUGAACACCUGGGACAGGCCAGCAUUGAGACCAUGAUGCUCAACCUCGUCAGAUAUGUGCGCAUUCUGGGUAAUGUGGUCCAUGCAAUCCAGAUCAAAACCAAGCUGUGCCAGCUGGUGGAGGUGAUGAUGGAGAGACGUGAUGAUCUGUCCUUCUGCCAGGAGAUGAAGUUCAGGAACAAGAUGGUGGAGUACCUGACAGACUGGGUGAUGGGAACGUCCAACCAAGCUGCUGAUGAUGACAUCAAGUGUCUGACAAGGGACCUGGACCAGGCCAGUAUGGAAGCUGUUGUGUCUCUGUUAGCUGGUCUUCCUCUGCAACCAGAGGAAGGAGAUGGAGUAGAACUGAUGGAGGCGAAAUCUCAGCUCUUCCUCAAGUACUUCACUCUGUUCAUGAACCUGCUGAAUGACUGCAGUGAGGUUGAGGAUGAGGGCCAGGCAGUGGGGGGACGAAAGAGAGGAAUGUCCCGACGCUUGGCAUCUCUCCGCCACUGCACCGUCCUGGCCAUGUCCAACCUGCUCAACGCUAACGUAGACAGCGGCCUCAUGCACUCCAUUGGUCUGGGUUAUCACAAGGACCUUCAGACACGAGCCACUUUCAUGGAGGUACUGACCAAGAUCCUGCAGCAGGGAACAGAGUUUGACACGCUGGCAGAGACGGUGCUGGCUGACCGCUUUGAGAGGCUGGUGGAGCUGGUCACCAUGAUGGGAGACCAGGGAGAGCUGCCCAUUGCUAUGGCACUGGCGAAUGUUGUUCCUGGGUCCCAGUGGGAUGAGCUAGCCCGAGUCCUGGUGACACUUUUUGACUCCCGCCACCUCCUAUAUCAGCUGCUGUGGAACAUGUUUUCGAAAGAGGUGGAACUGGCAGACUCCAUGCAAACCCUCUUUAGAGGAAACAGCCUUGCCAGCAAGAUAAUGACCUUCUGUUUCAAGGUAUAUGGGGCAGCAUACCUGCAGAAACUACUGGAGCCUUUAUUAAGAGGGGUCAUCACAACCCCAGAACAUAUCAGCUUUGAGGUAGACCCCACCAGGCUGGAACAAGGUGAGAACCUGGAGGAGAACCAGAGGAACCUGCUGCAGAUCACAGAGCGCUUCUUCCAGGCCAUCAUUGGUUCAUCCAGCGAGUUCCCUCCACAGCUCCGCAGUGUCUGCCACUGUCUCUACCAGGCUACUUGCCACUCUCUACUGAAUAAAGCAACAGUAAAAGAAAAAAAGGAAAACAAAAAAGCAGUGGUGAGUCAGCGAUUCCCACAGAACAGCAUAGGUGCAGUGGGCAGCGCCAUGUUUCUGCGCUUCGUCAACCCAGCCAUUGUGUCUCCGUAUGAGGCUGGCAUCUUGGACAAGAAGCCCCUACCUAGGAUAGAACGGGGUCUCAAACUAAUGUCCAAGAUUCUGCAGAGUAUUGCAAACCAUGUCCUGUUUACAAAAGAAGAACACAUGAGGCCUUUUAAUGACUUUGUGAAAAGCAACUUUGAUUCAGCCAGGAGGUUUUUCUUGGACAUAGCAUCUGAUUCUCCACCUAGUGACUCGGUCAACCACAGUCUGUCCUUUAUCAGUGAUGGUAAUGUGCUGGCCCUGCACCGCCUUCUGUGGAAUAACCAGGAGAGGAUCGGCCAGUAUCUCUCCAGCAACAGGGAUCAUAAGGCUGUAGGCAGGCGGCCUUUUGACAAGAUGGCGACCCUGCUGGCCUACUUGGGACCCCCGGAACACAAACCUGUGGCUGACACUCACUGGUCCAGUCUCAAUCUAACCAGCUCCAAGUUUGAGGAGUUCAUGACCAGGCACCAGGUCCAUGAGAAAGAGGAGUUCAAAGCCUUAAAGACACUCAACAUUUUCUACCAGGCAGGAACUUCCAAGACCGGCAACCCAGUAUUCUACUACGUUGCCCGCAGGUUCAAAACAGGCCAGAUCAAUGGUGACCUGCUCAUCUACCAUGUCCUCCUCACCCUCAAACCCUACUACGCUAAGCCCUACGAAAUAGUAGUGGACUUGACACACGUUGGACCCAGCAAUCGCUUCAAGACUGACUUCCUGUCUAAGUGGUUUGUGGUGUUUCCUGGCUUUGCGUAUGAGAAUGUGGCAGCUGUUUAUGUCUACAACUGCAACACGUGGGUGAGGGAGUACACAAAGUACCAUGAGCGACUACUAACAGGCCUGAAGGGCAGCAAAAGACUCCAAUUCAUCGACUCUCCAGCUAAGCUAGCCGAGCAUGUUGAACCUGACCAACAGAAACUGCCUGCAGCCACGUUGACACUGGAGGAAGACCUUAAAGUGUUCCACAAUGCCCUCAAGCUGGCCCACAAAGACACCAAGGUCUCAAUCAAGGUGGGCUCAACAGCAGUUCAGGUGACCUCAGCUGAGCGAACCCGAGUCCUUGGCCAGCCUGUCUUUCUCAAUGAUGUCUACUAUGCCUCAGAGAUUGAGGAGAUUUGCCUGGUGGAUGAGAGUCAGUUUACCCUCACCAUGGCCAACCAGGGCACACCACUCACUUUUAUGCACCAGGAGUGUGAUGCCAUUGUCCAGUCCAUCAUCCAUAUCCGCACACGCUGGGAGUUGUCCCAGCCCGACUCCAUCCCACAGCACACCAAGAUCCGACCAAAAGAUGUCCCCGGCACUCUGCUCAACAUCGCUCUGCUCAACCUGGGCAGUUCUGACCCCAGCCUCAGGUCUGCGGCUUACAAUCUACUGUGUGCUUUGACCUGCACCUUCAACCUGAAGAUAGAGGGCCAGCUGCUGGAGACGUCAGGACUCUGUAUUCCAGCCAACAAUACCCUCUUUAUAGUCUCCAUCAGCAAGACUCUGGCUGCCAACGAACCCCAUCUGACGCUAGAGUUUCUAGAGGAGUGCAUUUCAGGCUUCAGCAAGUCCAGUAUUGAGCUGAAGCAUCUGUGCUUGGAGUACAUGACACCCUGGCUGCUCAACUUGGUUCGCUUCUGUAAGCACAAUGAUGAUGCCAAGCGCCAGCGUGUCACCGCCAUUUUGGACAAACUCAUUACCAUGACAAUCAAUGAAAAGCAGAUGUAUCCCUCUAUCCAGGCUAAGAUCUGGGGCAGCCUAGGCCAGAUAACAGACCUGUUGGAUGUGGUGUUGGACAGCUUUAUUAAGACUAGUGCCACAGGAGGCCUGGGCUCCAUUAAGGCAGAGGUCAUGGCUGAUACUGCAGUAGCUUUGGCUUCAGGGAAUGUCAAACUGGUCUCUAACAAAGUUAUUGGUCGGAUGUGUAAGAUCAUAGACAAGACUUGCCUUUCUCCAACGCCCACACUUGAGCAGCACCUGAUGUGGGACGACAUCGCAAUCUUGGCCCGCUACAUGCUGAUGCUGUCCUUCAACAACUCCCUUGAUGUUGCUGCCCACUUGCCAUACUUGUUCCAUGUGGUGACCCUGCUGGUAGCAACGGGGCCUCUGUCACUUAGGGCCUCCACCCAUGGUUUGGUGAUCAACAUUAUCCACUCCCUCUGCACCUGCUCACAGCUCAACUUCAGUGAGGAGACAAAGCAGGUUCUGAGGCUGAGUCUGACGGAGUUCUCCCUGCCCAAGUUCUAUCUGCUGUUUGGCAUCAGCAAAGUCAAGUCAGCUGCCGUCAUUGCCUUUCGCUCUAGCUACAGAGAUCGUUCGUUCUCACCGGGCUCCUAUGAGAGAGAGACCUUCGCCCUGUCCUCCUUGGAGACGGUCACUGAGGCCUUACUGGAAAUCAUGGAGGCUUGUAUGAGGGACAUCCCAACCUGCAAGUGGUUAGACCAGUGGACAGAGCUUGCACAGAAGUUUGCAUUCCAGUACAACCCAUCUCUCCAACCCAGAGCGCUGGUGGUGUUUGGCUGCAUCAGCAAAAGAGUGAGCCACAGUCAGAUCAAGCAGAUCAUCCGAAUCCUCAGCAAGGCCAGCCCUCUGCUCAGCAUAGACCGGGGUCUGGAGAGCUGCCUGAAGGGGCCAGACAAUUAUAACAGCCAAGUAUUAAUAGAGGCCACAGUCAUUGCUCUCACCAAGCUGCAGCCACUUCUUAGCAAGGAGUCUCCGAUGCACAAAGCUCUGUUUUGGGUGGCAGUAGCUGUCCUGCAGCUGGAUGAAGUGAACUUGUAUUCUGCUGGAACCGCCCUACUGGAGCAGAAUCUCCACACUCUGGACUCAAUGCGCAUCUUCAAUGACAAGAGUCCAGAAGAAGUGUUCAUGGAGAUCAGACGUCCCUUGGAAUGGCACUGUAAGCAGAUGGAUCAUUUUGUGGGCCUCAACUUUAGUGCCAAUUUCAACUUUGCACUGGUGGGCCACCUACUCAAAGGCUACAGACACCCAUCACCUACCACAGUAGCGAGAACAGUUAGAAUCCUGCACACACUGUUGACCCUCAUCAGCAAGCAUCUGAAAUGUGACAAGUUUGAGGUCAACACCCAGAGUGUGGCCUACUUGGCUGCACUGCUCACUGUAUCUGAGGAGGUUCGGAGUCGCUGCAGCCUCAAACACAGAAAGUCUCUACUGAUUUCUGACCUUAACAUGGACCCAGUGCCCAUGGAGACCUACUCCAGUCACAUCACUGAUCCCACCUGCAGAACUCUGCAAGAAACUCAGCCGUGGACGUCACCUCAGGUUUCAGAUCGCUACCUUUCAGCCCAUCACUACCCCACAAUGGGCCAGAUCAGCCCACGAACACGCAAGUCCAUGAGCCUGGACAUGGGCCAGCCCUCACAGGCCAACACUAAGAAGCUCUUGGGCACCAGGAAGAGCUUUGAUCAUCUCAUAUCAGACUCCAAAGCACCAAAGAGACCAGAGAUGGAGUCUGGUAUGACUACGCCUCCCAAGAUGAGGCGUGUAGCAGAGAAUGACUAUGAGAUAGAAACACAAAGAAUUGGAAACUCUCACCUUCGCAAGGUGUCUGUAUCAGAAUCCAAUGUUCUGCUGGACGAGGAGGUGCUCACUGACCCAAAGAUCCAGGCUCUGCUGCUCACUGUGCUGGCCACCCAGGUCAAAUACACCACUGAUGAUUUUGACCAGAGGAUUCUGUAUGAGUACUUAGCUGAAGCUAGCGUCGUCUUCCCAAAGGUUUUCCCAGUCGUCCACAAUCUGCUGGACUCCAAGAUCAACACUGUGCUGUCCAUGUGCCAGGACACCAACCUCCUAAACCCUGUCCACGGCAUUGUCCAGAGUGUGGUGUACCAUGAGGAGUCGCCCCCCCAGUACCAGCCGUCUUAUUUACAAAGCUUUGGCUUUAAUGGACUUUGGAGGUUUGCUGGACCCUUCUCUAAGCAAACCCAGAUACCAGACUACGCCGAGCUGAUUGUCAAGUUUCUGGAGGCUUUGAUUGACAGCUACCUGCCAGCUGCUGAUGAGGAGCGAGGAGAGGAGCAGCUGAGGACACCCACCUCCCCGUACCCGCCAACAAGCCAGAGCCAGCUGAGCAUCACUGCCAACCUCAACCUGUCCAACUCCAUGACCUCACUGGCCACUUCACAGCACUCACCAGGUGUGGAUAAGGAGAAUGUCCAACUGUCCCCCAGCUCUGCUCUGUCCAGUGGAUGUCGCACUCGCCACGGUUCAGCCAGUCAGGUCCAGAAGCAGCGCAGUGCCGGCAGCUUCAAGAGACCCAGCAUUAAGAAGAUUGUCUGAUUUGCCAGAGAAUACCACCCCCCAACACACCCUCAUCCACCUCCUCCUCCUGUCUGCCCCUUCCCAGGUCUGCCAGCCUGCUAGACCUCAUGCUGAACUUCACAUUUACUCUUUAUUUCCUCUUCCUUCUUAAUGGUUGUUGCAUUGGCAGAACAAGCGAUUUUGUGUUUUCGUCGAGGAGGACAAUUAAUAAGCGUAAACUUGAAUUGGGCUGCUUGAGAUUUUUUUUCAAAUCUUUCCUUUUCAACAGCGCGCAGUCUUGGAGAACUUUCUGUAGAACCAUUUCUGUUCUCCACUGGAGUCAAUGUUAAAGCUCUUCACAGAAGGAAAGGCAUUCAGCAGCAGUGUGAGUCUCCUGCGUUGAGGGAGGUCACUCGUGAAACUGCAAAAAAGGCUGAUAGGAAAAGUGUGGCUGAGUUUGGAUGUGGACCGUUUACACAGAGACGGUCCAGACAGGGAAUUCUAACUUUAGGAUGAAGUUUGAUCUGCAGCUCGUCCUCUGGCCUUCCCCCUAACUGAACACUCCUGUGUCAGUGAGAUGGACCAAAUGACAGCAGUGGGGGCAGGGGGGUGGAUCUGUGAGACAGGGCCUUCACUCUGGACCUGCUUGGACAUGUCAGCUCCCCUCUCCUAGUCCUGUAUAUAUUUUACAUAGACAGAUUAUGUAUAACUAGUCCUUAGUGCAAAUUUAGAUGUUGACGUUUUCUCCAUGGUGUGCCUUUGUCAGGGGUUUUCAAUUUGUACAGUUUGUAAAGUAAAAAUCAGUCCUUGCUGGGGACAAAUAACAGGUACUAAUUAUGGAGGCAAGCCGUCCAUAUCACCACAAGUUCACCCGAGCUGCAUCACGACCGGCCUCCAGUGAUCGUCAAAUAUACAAUCAUCCAUAUACCCCUUUGCCUGAAAGUAUUUAUCCUGUACAACUAGAUAGUGCUACACCAAGCUUCUUCUGUUCAAACACUUUCCAAAAAUCAUCUUCUUUUCGAACACUUUGAACACAAAUAUUGCAAAACACUAGGGAAAAUGCAACUGUGUAAAUAGCUGCAAGCUUUUUGGUUGGUUUGUUUUUUGUGCUUUUAUUUAGCCUUUUUGUUAUUUUUAUUCUGAACUGUAUUUCCAGCCGCGUACCAUUUUAAUUUGUUUUCACAGUGACAAGGAAAAUUGUGUAAUAGGCAAUAAUCCUCAGUUCUCCAACUCCUUUGUCCACCACCAAUUUUAUUUGUAUGUAAACAGCAAGAACACAUCACUCUGUCAGCUCAGUGCAAUAUGAUGCCAACCUCCUGAGUUGCCUGUUAGCAUAGAGAUUUAACUCUGAUGUGGACUUGAGUUAUGGAUUACCUCCAAUGAUCAUCUCAAUGGAAAAAGAGGCAGUGGACAGUGUAAUGUUUGAUCCAAUCGCAUAAACACACACAAACACACAGAGAUCUCCAUUGGUUUCACCUCAUCACUCUGAGUUGGACCCAGGAUCACAAGAGGUUUGUUCUGUUGUCCCUUGAAAGGGGAAAAAAAGAAGCUUUGACACUGACUGUUAGGGCUACUUAUUACUGGACAUUUCACAGAAGAGGUGACAAUACUAUUCUGUUCAUGUCAUAGUGUAUAUAAAGAUGACCGACAUCAGGUGUCACCCCUUCCUUCCAACUGUAUAAAAGUGAAGCCAAAAUAUCUCUUAAAUGGGUGCUGCCCUCUUUGUUCCACCUCCUGCCUUGCCCAAAUGCUAGUAUACACCCCUUAAACUUAAUGUAACCCAGCAGUCAUCAUCCUGACUGUCGUGGACUGUUGUGGACGCUCCCUGCACACUUACCAUUUUCUGGAUUACAAUGAUUAGUAACUGCUAGCUGGCUAGCUGCAUAUCAACUACUUUUUUUCCCCAUAGAUUGGUUGUGCUCGUAGCUUAGACAUGUUCUUGAGGUUCCGCCUCCUGCCCAGCCCUCCAUACCGAGGCUCCACCGCUAGUCACUACUGCAUGCACUGUGGUUGCAAAUGACAGACCCAUCGAUGAUGUUUUGGCUUCACUUCCGGGGAGCUGUCAUGUCGUUCAUCUUAAUACAGUUUGUGGUUCAUAUCAAUACCAAAGCAUGCUGUUUUACACAUUCUUCUUUUUGAACAGGAAAACAUUUGCUACAAAACAUUUCACAACACAAAGUAAUUAGAGCCUUUGCAGUCAAAACUGUGAGCAGUUUACUGCAGGUCACAGUGCAGAGUCUGUGAGCUGUGGUUGGAGUAAACUUUCCCACUUAGAACAAACUAAACUUCUCAAACACUUUAGUGUUGGAUUUUGUCUGGGCGCAUUCAGUCAAAAACUUUUUUUUUUUCUCUGAUCAGAAAAUAUGUUGUCAAAACAGUUGCUAAGAAACUGACCAAAUGUUUGGGGACAGCCGUCAGUACUGACUCUGUUUGGGGGUAUUCUCUGACUCCAACACAACACAGUGUGGCAGGUUUUCCAGCAUGUCAGCAAUUUAGUAAAAUAAUUGGAACUAUUUUACAAAUCUCCAGAUACUGUAAAGCUUUAGUGUAACACCAUCAUACAGAACACAGGAUCUUGGUCACUCCACUCAUCAAGCUCAAGUAGCCUGAGGGGAUUUCUCACUUCAAAAGCAUGAGACUGUGGAUUUUAACUUUAAGAGAUGUAGUAAUCUAGCUGUGUAACUUUGAACCAACCCCUCUGUGCUGUCAUAGCACAUCCGUGAGCUUGCUCUGCACUGCUUUUAUACACAUAUUCUGCACACACACCUAGAAAAUGGUCUCAAAGCUUUUUGUUUCCUCUCAUUUAUUACACUUCAACUCUGCAUCACUGCUGGCUGUUUUCCAACAUGUGCUGUAGUGUUUGAGAUCAUCAGUUGUGUUUUUUACUUUCCAAGCAGCCGCUGGUUUCCAUUUACUUUGCUGUGUUAAGCUUUGAGGGAGUUGAAAGUUGCGUAAAGAAGCUAGGUGAACAUGUCUGUAAGUGUCUUCUUAUAUCUCUGUGUGGUAAAACAAUGCACAGCGACAAAAAAAAAUAGCCUUACAACCCAACAUGUACAUCUGCAUGACCAACACGUCAUUUGAUGCUCAGUCAUCACAGAUGCAUCACUAUGUCUUUGUCAGUAGCAAAAUAUUAGGUUUAUUGUCCUAAAUAGUGUCUCCAUUAGUUUGACCAGCAGAGAAUACUUUAUUUCUACACUGCAAUACACCACACCCUACCACCAGUAAAGUUAGAUUAAAAAUGUUUGUUAAACGUGCUGGAUAAUGCAUCAUUACUUUAAAUUUUCAAACACUAGUAACAGUUUAAUCUUGCUCAGGAUCAUACAUUACUGCAUCACAGUAAUGCCCCUUUGGCAGUGCAGUCAGCGUGUGAUGGAUUAAUACACUCAAUCAUGAUUCAUCUGCCUGCAGGUUGAUUUGAAUGUUUGAACCAGUGGCUAUGUGAAGGGUAGAGACACUGACUGAUCAGAAACACUAUGUGCUUCUUUGGAAGUGGUCACAGGAUUUGUAGUGACUAAGUUAUUACAUACAGACACUCUGGUCUGGACCUGCUGACUAGUUACUAUGAUUGUUGGUAUGAGCAGGUGGGACAUGAGACGGGGGUCCACUCGCAGCCACAGUCCACAGCUUAGCCCAGGUUAUUCCGUUAAAAUGCUUCAAUCCUGCCUUAACAUCUAUGCAUGAAAAGAGUUGAGUAUUGUUGUACAACUCUGACUUCACUUUUGUCUGAGCAGCAUCUCCACACAUCUGUUCUGCUCAGUGUCAGACGUUUCUUUUACGUGUUCAUGUCAUCGUAUGGGUACAUUUGUUCACUACAGAUAUUUUUUCUUGUAUUUAGUUGUCUGACAAAAUGUACUAUAUUCUUCUGUCUGCAGUUUCUUUAGUCACUACAUGAUCAUUAGAUUAAUGCUACGGAAAGGGACAUUUACAGUAGACACAGCUUUAGGGAUUUAUUUUGAUAAUUCAACCUGAAAACGACAGAAAGGGAAGAAUGAGUAUAAUACAUAUAAGAUUGAUAAUGGAGUUCACUGUCCAGUCUAACACAUGGAAAAAGUCCAUCAGAAACUUGACUUCUUCUGUUGCCCUCCGUCACUGACUCACUAGCAGAUUUGAUCGUAUAAAGUGAAUUAGGAUCAAUCAAAGAAAUCAUUGUUUUUCACUGCUGAAAAGUCUCAACAUUGCUUGGAGCUACAGAAAGUUGAACGAUUGUUAGAUGAGUUAGUAUGCUUCACAUAAGUUCCUACCAUAUAUUGCCUGAGCACAUCUGAAGGCAAACAUGUUUCCGCUUGUUCCUAAUAGUUACACUUGAAGGUGAGACAAAAGGGAUGGCCAUCAGGAAGGGAAAAUGAAUCAUACAGAUAGAGAUAAUAGUGUACACUGGUGUCUCUUAUACCAGCUUCAGGCUACACAAUGUUCCUUCUUGAUAAAAUGCUCACUGUGUCAGAUCAGGGGAUUUAGAGUCCGAAAUUGUUGUCGUACCUAAAAAGAUAUGACAGACUAUGUGUUGAUUACCAACCAAUCCUAGCUCUCUAUCUGUUGUGAACCUGCAUGAUGUCAUAGGGAAAAAAUGUCAGGGAACUACUACCGGAAACACAAAUGGGGAAAAAGUGGCAUCCAAAGCAGUGUGUGUGAUACUGACUGGUGUUGGGGGGGAAUCCAUGCGUCCAGAGGAUAGUCUGGGUUGCACGCUCGCUUUGUGCUUCUGUUGGUUUUGGAAGUCGUCACACAAGGCGAGAGAAGGGGGGGGAGGAUAAAAUCUUACAAGCUAGACUUUUGUCAGAAUGUUGUGAGGUGUUCAAGUUGCAGCAUUAGUUGUCAUCUACUUUGAUACACAGGAUUUAAAAAAAAGAGAUACACACACUCACAUCUGUACACAUGACAAAGAAGACAGGGUUGAACCCUACCUACUUUUAUAGACUGAUAGGUAACCAAGUCCAUGUUGUUGUCAUUUUGAAAAGAUGGGUUCAGUCCAAGUUCCUCUGAGUCAGCUCACAAAUGUGCUUUCAGACUCUGUUAGACUAUUUAUUAGUUCAACAAAAUACUUGGUUUGAAGCAUACAGAGACCUUGAAGCUACUAAUGUUAUUGGACAAAUAAAUAUAAUGCAGUCUAGAGCUGGACUGACCCGCAGAUGUGUGUGUGUUAAUGAAACAUUAGCCCUCCUUCUCAUGUAAAUAGACUAAGCCCAAGAUCAAAGUUAAGCAUAGAGCUUCAUCACCUUUAAGUUGUUUAAGUCAUGUUUUCUACCAUGGUACAAAGUGGCUGUGACGUUCCAGUAGGAAGGAUUUUAAGAUGUGAAGUCAGGGCCGCUGAACUUAGAAAAGUCACGUUUGUUAACAGUUGAGUGUUGAGUUUCCACCAAAACAUGUCAUUGUAUUAGUCAGUCCGUGGCUCUGCUCACCACUCUUCAACGCCUAACUGUUCUUAAAGCUACACUCCCUGAUUUCAUCCUAAAACAUGUCCACACACCCUAAAUCACAGAAUCAGCUAGUGUACCUUUAACAAAACACAACCAGGAAAAAUCUGAAGGCAAGCUUUAUAUGAGCACCGUGUUAGCAGAUUGCCAUCGUUUCCAGGUUUUAGUUUGACUUGUGUGUGAAUGAAAAUAUUAAGGUUUAUGUAUUCAUAACCUCUUAAACAAGUGGUUGACUUGCACUAAUUUAAAAACAGUCAUGGGUUUGUAAAGAUGAAAAACCUCAAAAUGUGGCAUGUUUUAUUUGAUGUUAUGCAAAAUUUAAUGUCUGUAGAGUAUUAGUCUGAGUUUUGUUUUUACUGCAGUACGUGUGACAAUUGUAAAUACUUUGUGUACAAUUUGAGAUGGUAUAUUUACUACACUGUACAUACAUGUGAUAUUGUAUCAUUUUGUUUUUGUAAAGCAGUUAGUUUCUGUAUAAUAAUAUACAAAUUGAACUAUUCCAGUGUUAGUAAUAAAAUGUUUUGCUCUCCA